UAAGGCACUGAGUUUGGAUGUCCGCUGGUUUUGCCAUUUUGUGACGCUGCUCUGCGUGUACAUACAUAAAUAAUUUGUAAACAGUACAUUCGUUUUGCUUAGACGGUUAAAUAAAGAUUGCACGAUGUCUAAGCGGAGGAUUGAAGUGGUGGAUCCAUAUAUCAAACGAAAGAAAGAUGGAACAGUCGCCAAUAACAUGCCAACUUCAACGGCAGCCAAAAAUCAGGUUCAGCUUAACCCAUAUACCGGUCUUCCAUACACGCCACGCUAUCAUGAGUUUUACAAGAAGAGAAUAACUCUACCAGUAUUCGAGUACAGAUCAGACUUCAUGAGGCUCUUAGCGCAGCAUCAAUGCAUUGUCUUAGUCGGUGAAACUGGAUCUGGUAAAACUACUCAGAUACCGCAAUGGUGUAUAGAAUACUCAAGAUCUAUGGGUACGAAAGGUGUGGCUUGUACCUGCCCCAGAAGAGUCGCUGCCAUGUCAGUUGCCCAGAGAGUGUCAGAAGAAAUGGAUGUCGCUUUAGGUCAAGAGGUAGGCUAUAGCAUUCGUUUUGAGGACUGCAGCUCUGCAAAAACUGUGCUAAAGUACAUGACAGAUGGUAUGCUGCUUCGAGAAGGGAUGUCUGACCCGAUGCUAGAAGCGUAUCAAGUAAUCUUAUUAGAUGAGGCUCAUGAAAGAACUCUGGCAACAGAUUUAUUGAUGGGAGUCUUAAAAGAAGUCGUGAAACAGCGUCCAGAUCUGAAACUGGUUAUAAUGAGUGCGACUCUGGAUGCAGGAAAAUUUCAACAAUACUUUGACAAUGCACCAUUGAUGAAUGUUCCUGGUCGAACGCAUCCUGUAGAGAUAUUUUACACACCAGAACCAGAGAGGGAUUAUUUGGAGGCUGCGAUUAGGACGGUAAUACAGAUUCACAUGUGCGAAGAAGUGGCUGGCGAUCUUCUCCUAUUUUUGACUGGACAAGAGGAGAUUGAGGAAGCUUGUAAGAGAAUCAAACGAGAAAUGGACAAUCUAGGACCUGAAGUUGGAGAGCUUAAAUGUAUUCCCUUGUAUUCUACACUUCCACCAAAUCUUCAGCAGAGAAUAUUUGAACCUGCUCCACCUACUAAACCCAACGGAGCUAUCGGAAGAAAAGUUGUAGUGUCCACAAAUAUUGCAGAAACUUCAUUGACCAUUGAUGGCGUUGUUUUUGUCAUUGAUCCAGGAUUUGCAAAGCAAAAGGUCUACAAUCCGAGAAUUCGUGUGGAGUCACUGUUGGUAUCGCCAAUCAGUAAAGCAUCGGCGCAACAGCGAGCUGGUCGAGCAGGUCGAACCCGUCCAGGGAAAUGUUUUCGGCUUUACACAGAAAGAGCAUACAAAAAUGAGAUGCAGGACAACACGUAUCCAGAAAUUCUUCGUUCAAAUCUUGGCAGUGUUGUUUUGCAGUUGAAAAAGCUUGGAAUUGAUGAUCUGGUUCAUUUUGACUUCAUGGAUCCUCCAGCACCUGAAACACUUAUGAGAGCUCUGGAGCUGCUCAAUUAUUUGGCGGCGCUUGAUGACGACGGAAACUUAACAGAUCUAGGUGCAGUUAUGGCUGAAUUUCCACUUGACCCUCAGCUGGCAAAGAUGUUGAUAGCUUCAUGUAAUCAUAACUGCAGUAAUGAAAUACUCAGCAUCACCGCGAUGCUUUCAGUCCCACAGUGUUUUGUGAGACCAAACGAAGCUAAGAAAGCUGCAGACGACUCAAAAAUGCGGUUCGCGCAUAUCGAUGGCGAUCAUCUGACUCUUCUCAAUGUGUAUCAUGCCUUCAAACAGAAUAUGGAAGAUCCCCAAUGGUGUUAUGAGCAUUUUGUGAACUAUCGAUCACUUAAGAGUGGAGAUAAUGUUAGACAGCAAUUAAGUAGGAUCAUGGACAGAUUCAGUUUGAAACGUACGUCAACCGAAUUCACGUCCAAAGAUUAUUACAUAAACAUUAGAAAAGCUUUGGUCAACGGCUUCUUCAUGCAGGUUGCACAUUUAGAACGGACGGGACACUAUCUUACAAUAAAAGACAAUCAAGUUGUGCAAUUACAUCCGAGCAGUUGCCUUGACCAUAAACCUGAGUGGGUUAUCUACAACGAGUUCGUGCUGACGACAAAAAAUUACAUUAGGACAGUCACAGACAUAAAACCCGACUGGUUACUUAAAAUUGCCCCCCAAUACUACGACUUGCAGAACUUCCCGCAAUGCGAAGCUAAAAGACAACUUGAAGGUAUUCAAACGCGACUAGAUUCGAAACAGUAUCAGGAAGGCUUCUAACGUCGUUCACUUUUAGCCACGUUACUAAUCACAAACAAUGGCUGUGACCAGCCCAGUCCUUCGAGCAUGUAAACUCGGUUUUUUUCAUUUAAAAAACCGAAAUAAAGGUAAAGCAUUUUUUUAAACGAUCUUAUGCCAAGUUCGUUUCCUGUUCCAACAUAAACCUUAUCUUCAUAAUUGGCAAUGAUAUUCAUGCAGAAGGACUGAUAAAUUCGAUGUUUAUCCUAUUGCUCAGGAUAAAUCGACAGGAUACUUAUAUCCAUCAACCGCUGGAUGUUACAUUCAACCCAAAAAGUACUUGUGGGUUUAAUUUAUACAAUUUCUAAAAAGUGUAGCUAUGUAAUGGUUUAAAAAAAAAUACAAUUACAAACAGAAAAGAAAUUGUUGAUAGGGUCAUUCAUAAUGUAUUUAGCCAAAGUUGAUAUACCUUACCGACACACCACUGCACUAUAAAUAAUAACGUAAUAUCUGUCAGUUCGGAUAUUUAACGAAGCAAAUGUUUUUGUUUGUUACUUUUCUUGUCACUCUCAUCCCCUUCAAAACGCAAAAUCAAGUUGUUGGCUGUACCUAAAAAGUGGGUACACUUCACAUCGACCAAUUUUGUGAUCGAUUUUUCAUAGAAAACCACACCACCCUUUAUGUAUACUGUAUUAUACCUACUCAAAUUGAAAUGACGAAUAAAUUUUAUUCAAUUACUAUCUAGCUUCUACUUGAAAAAUUACUACACAUUGGUGACUGUUGGUCAGAACACAUUUCUAACAACAAUGGCUGUGGUCUGUAUUGAAUUACCGUUGUUUCGCUCUGUAUUAUUGACAGGGGCACAGGAAAAUUUCGAAAGAA